CGGCAGUAAAUUUAUUUUUUUGGGGUGAUCCUGAGAAUCUAGCUUCGAACCCUCGCAACCAUGGACAAUUUUGUGUACAAUUUAUGUUGUAUCACUAGUAAGGUCUACAAUUAUCAUGAAGUCUUUAUGUCGUUCGUUUUCCUCUGUCGCAGUUAGACGGCCAAUUGGUGAAAAUAAUUCACGACUUCCUUAUCGAUGUCAGCAUGCUACAGCACCGGCGCCACACCCUAGAAAGCGGAAUUUCUUUUCUUCCAACGCUGCUCUCCAACAAGAUCUCGCAUCAUCAGCUGACGAAUCUAUAUCAGAGCUGAAGCCUGUUCAGAAGAGGAAACCUAUACGGUCGCCAGCUGGGAAGACGAGCCUGAGGAGGGUGGCAGUGGAAGCUCAAAGAUCUAGGCAAAAUACAACUCGACCUGAAGUCACAUCUGAAAAUGUUGAAGGCACGAAGAGAGUUACUGCUAUCUCUGUGGCAGACCAUUUUGAUAUGGAAGCUGUAGCUCGGAUCUUACGAUCGCAUGGUUUCUCAAUUGACCCAGACGGAACUGGCUUUGAAUCUGAUGAGGUUAUACACACACGAGGGGUCAACAACGGGGAUAUAUUUGUGUUUCCUUCAGGGUCGCUUGUGGCAUGGUCUUUGCCCCAAGAUGUAGUUACAGAUUUAGCAACCAAGACCCUGUUCCCAGCCGCUAUCGAUUCACAUGUGACCGAUGUUGAGAUAGAAGAUCUGGAAUGUGAGGAAGACGCUAAACGUGAGAACAGCAGUAUAAGAGGAGAUAUCAUUGUGCUAGGGACGAAGGACUCGCCAAGUGAAGGCCGUCUAAGGUAUCUCACGCAUAGUCAUAUUUCCUGGUGAAUCAUCAAUGCUAAUUUUUGCCAUAGCUCACGAGUCGAUACAACUCUUGCAAAGAUUGCCUUCUCUUCCGGCCUUGCUAGGUCGACAAAACUCGCGGUUCUCGAGACUAUGUUGUCAAAGUACUUCGAAUCUACCAAAGCCAUACCUACAUUACUUUCAAGAGGAUCAAGGCUACCUUUUAAUCGGCAAUUCAUGUUACAAAAGACUGGGGAGUUGCUUGAUUUACGGGCCCGGCUGAACCACUAUUCCGAGCUCACAGAUUCACUCCCGGAUUUGUUUUGGGAUAGUAGGCAUGAAUUAGGUCUAGAAGGGUAUUAUGAUCAAGUCGGAAGGGCUCUCGAUGUUGGUGUUCGAAUCAAAACUUUGAAUCAGAAAAUGGAUUAUGCCCAGGAAAUCGCAACAAUUCUUCGGGAGACUAUGAGUGAGAAGCACAGUAUUCAUCUAGAGUGGAUCAUUAUUGUUCUCAUUGCUGUGGAAGUAGGCUUUGAGCUUCGUAGAUUAUGGAAGGAACGAAGUGAACGACUGGAAAAGGGAAAGGAGAAGGAACACGGCACAUGACAUAAUAUGCUAUGAAAUCGAAACGUUUUUCUUUCCAAUUUCCGAAGAUUCCAAAAGAUACCCCACUCCAUACUGAAGAGCAAAAGCUCGUUUUACUUCCAGCGGGAAAACUGGAAUAUUAUAUAUUACAUAGUUGAAUCCUGUUUCGGCCAUGAGAUAUCCUUGAUUUUCGAGCUAUUGAGUUGAAUCGCUUCUUUUAUGCCUCUGAAAGCUAUAAAAUCGACCCUUGA